AGUGGGAGAUUGUCCCGGAACCUGGUGGCGGGCCGCGUUUUCCAGCCGACGUCGGCCGAUUCCUCCGUUGCCGGGGAUGAAGAAUAUCCGGUUUCAAUAAAUCGAGUUUAGAUUUGAUUUGCAGCAGUUACCGGGAGGACAUGGCGGUGUGCGGGGUCCACCUGGAUUCUGAUGCUUUCCUUGUCUGUUUGAAUCACGCUCUGUCCACGGAAAAGGAGGAAGUGAUGGGACUCUGUAUUGGAGAGGUUGACACAAGCAGGAUUGUUCACAUUCAUUCAGUUAUUAUCCUCCGUCGCUCAGAUAAGCGCAAAGAUCGGGUGGAAAUUUCGCCAGAGCAACUAUCUGCAGCCUCUACUGAAGCUGAGAGAUUAGCUGAUAUGACUGGCCACCCAAUGAGAGUGGUGGGAUGGUACCAUUCUCAUCCACAUAUCACCGUAUGGCCUUCUCAUGUAGAUGUCCGAACUCAGGCCAUGUACCAGAUGAUGGACCAGGGUUUUGUAGGGCUUAUCUUUUCUUGUUUCAUUGAAGACAAGAACACUAAGACUGGUCGAGUUCUUUACACCUGUUUCCAGUCAAUUCAAGCGCAAAAAGGUUCUGAGUAUGAACGAAUUGAAAUCCCUAUUCAUGUCGUGCCACAUGAAACUAUUGGCAAGGUAUGCCUGGAAUCUGCAGUGGAACUUCCAAAAAUUCUUUGUCAGGAAGAGCAGGAUGCUUAUAGAAGAAUUCACAGUCUGACACAUCUGGAUCCAAUAACCAAGAUUCAUAAUGGAUCAGUUUUCACAAAGAAUCUGUGCAGCCAGAUGUCAUCUAUUAGUGGUCCUCUGCUACAGUGGCUGGAGGAUCGUUUAGAUCAGAACAAACAGCACAUCCUGGAACUUCAGCGGGAGAAAGAACAACUCCUCCAGGAACUAGCAGUCCUAAAAUGAAAGGGAUUGUAGGUGAUGAGGGAAGAUAAACGGAAAAGUGUAACCAGAUUAUCUUUUUCUGAUGAGCAAAGAAGCCAUUUGACUGCAACAAGCUGUGUAGCAAAGCUUUUGUAUCAAGUUUGAGAUCUCACUCAAUGUAUUACCUUUAUUCAAGCCUGUCCAACAAAUGGAAGGAAGCACACAUUGGUUUUGGUUGGCUUUUACACCAAAAGGAAAUGUUUCCAGUUAUUGCUGGAUAUGCGUCCACAUUUCUGGAAACCAGCACUGGGAUCAAUAGCUCUAUUUAUAUCAAGUUAUUGUUUGGACUAGUUUGCUGACAAUAUAAAAUAAUUAUUCUUUCAUUUGAACCACGUGGAAAUAGAAGUUGGUUUAAUUAAUGUUACCUCUUGAGACCAAGGAAUUUGUUGAGUACUUGAUAAAUUGUUAAAAAAAAGAAA